AAAAUACCCGAGCCCUUAUGUGAACAAAGACUGGUACAACAGAACGGGCAUUAUCGACCAAUCACUAACCAGAACCACAUGUCAGACGCCAUCCAUUCGAGUCUACCGCUCUGGUCACAUGCCGACGAGGAAUUAGCUGCUGCAUCUGCUCGAAUUGAUGGUGAAGAAGAGCUUGGGAUGGUUAGCGAAGAUGAUAUUACUGAGUCCAUUGUGCGGAAAAUGUGUAGCCUGCUCGAAAAGCGGAUUCUCGCAAAUCAAGAAGCCCGCACCAAGUUCCCGGACCAGCCAACUAAAUUUAUGGAUUCCGAGGUUGAACUCCAAGAGACGCUUGAGAGCAUGCAGAUAUUAUCUGCAAAUCCAAAUCUUUAUGGUGUUCUUGCUGCCCAAUCACGCCCGCUUCAUUUGCUCAUCGGACUUUUGUCACAUGAUAAUACCGACAUUAGUGUCAACGUUGUUGAUCUUCUGCACAGCCUCCUGGAACCCACUGGCUUAAAGGAUGCCGAUCCUGGAGCUGUCGGUCCCUUGUUGGACUUUUUCUUUUCAAACCAACUCGUGCAGUUAUUGACACAGAAUUUAGCUCGACUGGACGAGUCUGUCCGUGAUGAGGCAGAAGGUGUUCACACAACUCUUGGUAUAAUCGAAAGCCUGCUGGAUAUUCGACCUGAGAUGGCCGUAACAAUCGCCCAGCAGGGCAUUUACGCCUGGCUACUGCGUCGGAUACAGCGUCGUCAGUUUGAUAAAAACAAGCUCUACGUCUCGGAGGUGCUUUCGAUCCUGUUGCAGCUUGACGACGCCAACAAGACCCGCCUGGGUGAUAUGGACGGCAUUGACGUCCUGUUGCAGCAAUUAGCAGUCUACAAACGCCACGACCCAAGCACUCGCGAAGAGGCCGAGAUGAUGUACAACCUUUUCGACUGCCUUUGCUCAACUCUGAUGCUUGCUACCAACAAGGACAAAUUUCUAAAGGGCGAAGGUGUUCAACUCAUGAAUCUGAUGCUUCGAGAACGACACGCGGCCCGUGACUGCGCCCUGAAGGUGCUCGAUUACGCGAUGUCUGUAGUGGUGCCCACGGAAGGCGGAGGGGCUUUCCUCCUCUCCGAGGGCGAAGCGGCCGCCGCCGCAAACUGCAACAAGUUUGUUGAGGUUCUGGGACUUCGCACCAUCUUCCCCCUCUUCAUGCACAGUCCCCAAGCCAAAGGCAAGUCCCUUCCCGGACCCACUUCUGCUGAAAUGGAAGAGCACAUCAUUAGUAUUGUUGCUGCUUUACUGAGACAGUGCACUGGUCAGUUUCUGCAGCGUGUUUUGGCCAAAUUUACCGAGAAUGAACACGAAAAGGUUGAUCGGCUCGUCGAACUUCACUUCCAAUACCACGACAGGGUGACGAAGGCCAACGCCAAAAUCGAAAGUCUUCGACAAGUACGUCGACGUCGUACUUAUUUCAGCGAGGAGUUGGAGGAAAUUGUGGAGCUUAAACGCAUGGAUAGCGGACUCCUUUCGCUUCAGUUAAUUGACGUUUCCCUCCUCGAUAUUGCCGUAAACGGUCAACCCUCUGUAAGUACCCUUCGAUUGGAUAGCCAGGAAGUGACGGCUUCUCUUCAUAGUGCUUUUCUUCUACAACUUAGAAUCUCACUCUUCAUUUGCAAACUGUUAAAGUGGUAUUGGUAA